UCAGCUUCGGACGCAGGAGCAAGCAAUUGAGAAGGCACAACUACUCCGCACAGCCCGCAGCGAUCGAAGCACAGGGACAGCGACUCCUCCAAACCCACACACACACACGAUCGGUUGAUCGACUCUCACAAUGGUUUCCAAGGUCCUCUUCUGGGGCGGUUUCGGCCUCGCGGUCCGCUUCUGGCAACUCGGCCUCGAGAUGAGGCCUUUCUUCAACAAGGGAUCGCUGUGGGCGUAUCCAGUCUUUGGGGGUGCCGGUGCAGGUUUUGGGUACUGGUUGCAGAGCGUGGAUGACAACCAAAGAUCUAUCCUGGAAGAGAGAAAGAAGUCUUUAUUGGAGAAGAGGGCGAGGAGGGCAGAGAGA